AUGGCUGAUUCCCUGAGAAUUAGUCUCGCUGAGAGAGACGUCGAGCAGGCUAUUACGUCGCUUAAGAAAGGGUCUUACUUGCUGAAAUACGGACGCAGAGGGAAGCCUAAGUUUUGUCCAUUCCAGCUCACAAGUGACGAGUCUACAUUAGUAUGGUACUCUGGAAAAGAAGAGAAGCAGAUUAAGAUUAGUCAAGUCCAGAGAAUUGUUCCAGGACAGCGCACGGCUACAUUUAAGAGAUACCCAAGACCAGAGAAAGAGUAUCAGUCAUUUUCGCUCAUAUGUCCUGACAGGUCCUUGGAUUUGAUAUGUAAAGACAAGGAUGAAGCAGAGGUUUGGGUUGUUGGUUUAAAAGCACUUAUUACUCGUGUCAAAGUCUCUAAAUGGAAAACCACUAUUAAACCUGAGAUCACUUCAGUGGAAUGUCCAACACCUCGUGCACGAAGAGCCUCUCCAUUCCUGACAAUUCUUGAUCAAGUUACUCAACCCUCUACUGAGAACUCUACACAAACUCGGUUGGGAAAAGUCUUUGCUGACAUUGUCUCACUAACCGCACAAGCAAGUAGUAACAGUCAGACAGAAACCAACAACGCCAACAAUUUCUGUCCGUUUUCUCCGGUCGAUCAUUCAAACUCACGGUUCUCCAGCAGUGACCCCGUUCGGAUCAGUCUAUCUAGCGCCGUGAGCAAGUCUAGCCAUGGCUCAUAUCACGAAGACUUUGAUGCUUUAGGUGAUGUUUUCAUCUGGGGUGAAGCUAUUAGUGAUGGUUUUCUGAGCAAUACUCAUUCCACGACAACAGAAGAUGCAGUUUUACCAAAACCAUUAGAAUCAACAAUAGUUCUUGAUGCACAAGAAAUUGCGUGCGGUGGUUGUCACGCGGUUUUAAUUACAAAGAAGGGAGAGAUCUUUAGCUGGGGUGAAGGAAUAGGUGGGAAGCUAGGGCAUGGCUUAGAGAAAGACACUCACCAACCAAAGUUCAUUAAAAGCGUCAGAGGAAUGGGUUUCAAAUCUUUAGCCUGCGGAGAGUUUCAUACAUGCGCUGUGCCUCAGUCUGGUGAUCUUUACAGUUGGGGUGAUGGCACUCAAAACGUCGAUUUGCUUGGCCAUGGGAGUGAGUCUAGCUGCUGGAUUCCAAAGAGAGUGACUGGUGUAUUACAUGGAAUGUAUGUGUCAUAUGUCUCUUGCGGUCCCUGGCAUACAGCUGUGGUUGCAUCUUCAGGCCAGUUGUUCACAUUUGGAGAUGGAUCUUUUGGUGCUUUGGGUCAUGGAGACAGGAGAAGCUCUAGUGUUCCACGGGAAGUUGAAGGCUUAAGUGGACUAAGAGUGAUGAGAGUUGCUUGUGGCGUUUGGCAUACAGCUGCGGUGGUGGAAGUGUCAAAUGAAGUAUCAUCUGAUGAUGCAGAGCAAUGCUCUUCGUCCGGACAACUGUUUACAUGGGGAGAUGGAGAGAAAGGCCAGCUUGGUCAUGGGGACGACGAUGUGAAGCUUCUUCCCGAGUGUGUAGUUUCGUUGAUGAACGAAAAUAUCUGCCAAGUUGCUUGCGGAUGUAGUCUCACAGUUUCUCUUACAAUCAAUGGACAUGUGUAUACAAUGGGCAGCAAGGCUUACGGCCAGAUUGGAAACCCUAACGCCAAUGGAAAGUUUCCGUCGCGUGUCGAAGGAGACUUAGUAGACACUUGUGUAGAGGAUAUUGCGUGUGGCUCUUAUCAUGUUGUAGUGUUGACAUCUAAAUCAGAGGUUUACACAUGGGGGAAAGGUUUAAAUGGUCAGCUAGGACAUGGAACCAUUGAGAACAAAAGCGAACCUUUAGUGGUUGGGUUUCUUAAAGAAAAGAAAAUCAAGACUGUAACAUGUGGAACAAACUUCACUGCUGUGAUAUGCCUUCAUAAAUGGGUACCUGGCUCUGAACAAUCUCUCUGCGCCGGUUGUCGAAACCCUUUCAACUUUAGAAGGAAACGCCAUAACUGUUACAACUGUGGUUUGAUAUUUUGUAAAGUAUGUAGUAGUAGGAAGUCUUUGAAAGCUGCUCUUGCUCCAGAUAUGAUUAAACCUUAUCGUGUGUGUUAUGGAUGUUUCACCAAGCUGAAAAAGGCGAGAGAUACAUCUCAUUCUCCACCCACUCCACGAGCAAGAAACCUUUUGAAUAGGCGGAACUCGACGGAUGUUUCAGAGAGAAGCAAGUUUACUCACAAACUCCUCUUGGCGCACGCAAGAAUCUCUUCCGCUGACUCUUUAUUGCCCCACAAACGAGAGUCAAAACUGGAAGCAAGUAAUAACCAUAAUAUUGUCUUCCCUUUCGUGAACGGCAAUUUACAGUCUGGUGGAUCGCCAUUAUCAAGAGGAUCAACAGCUUUUUCUAGAAUUCAUAAGAAUAUGAUGGUUAAUAUCCCUGGUUCACGAAUGAACUCUCGCACAGCGUUUCCGGUUUCAGUGAAGUCAACUAGUCCUAGUCGAUCUUAUGAAGUAACAGGUGAGGAAUCUAAACACAUACAAGACAUGGCGGGUUUAAAGGGACAAGUAGAACAACUUACUUUCAAAACUAACCAGCUUGAAGAGGAACUUGAAAAAACUAGAAGGCAGUUGAAAGUAGUCACUGCAUUGGCAGCAGAUGAAGCAGAGGAAAACAGAUCUGCAAAGGAGGUUAUUAGAUCUUUGAACACUCAGUUGAAGGAAAUAGCUGAAAAUGUACCUCCAAAGGAUGACACUAGUACCAACUCAAAACAAACAAACAAAGAGAAAUUAGAGAACCAAACACAAACUAAUAACCAGACACACAUAAGAAGCAUGGUCUCUCAUGAUAGUCAUCAACCAGAUAACAGCUUAGCAAGUAGGAGUUUCAUUAAUGGGCAUAGGAGAUAUCAUCAGAAGGCAGAGAGGGUUGUGCAAGACGAACCAGGAGUGUAUUUGACAUUGUUGUCUUUACCUCGUGGUGGUAAUGAACUCAAGCGUGUACGGUUCAGCCGGAAACAGUUUACUGAAGAACAAGCAGAGAAGUGGUGGGGUGAAAAUGGAGGUAAAGUAUGUGAACGACACAACAUUCUAGUUUCUUAG